AUGGAGGACCAAGAUUCAGCAUUUAUUAAACAAGCGACUGAAGCAAUCGUGGAUAUAUCGCUAGAUAUAAAUAAUAUAGAUCCUAUAAUAAAAGAAUUACUGCAAAGGGUAAAGAAUACACAAAACACAUCACAGCAUAGAAAGAGGCCACUCGCGUCAACAGAAAAUGGUAUUGGUACUCAUAAUGGGAUCGCGAAAGUCAAAAAGGAAGAUAUAGGGCAGGGUUUAACUAAACCCAACGAAAGUAAAGCUCAAGAUCGUCGAAAUAGUAAUGGCGAAAAACAAUUCAAAUGUGCAAAAUGCUCCUUAGAGUUUUCAAGGUCAUCUGACUUAAGGAGGCACGAAAAGACACAUUUUGCCAUAUUGCCUAACAUAUGCCCCCAGUGUGGCAAAGGUUUCGCGAGAAAGGAUGCAUUAAAGAGACAUUAUGAUACGUUGACAUGCAGAAGAAACAGAAGUAAACUACUAAGUGCAGGUGGUGAAGGUAUUAAUGAAUUAUUGAAAAAGGUCAAGCAGUCUAAUAUUGCUAGUCGUGAGGAAAACAACAAAAAUAAUGGUUGGAAAGGGUAA